AUGGAGUAUUUGACCGUGUUCAAUGAUGCACUGGAGGAUGUGAAUGGCUACAACGGAUUCGAGGAUUUUCUGGAUACGUUCAAGUUUGUGAAAAGCUCUCGGGGUAAUUACGACGAUCCUGAAGAAAAGGAGAAGAGUGGUGAACUAAAAGGAAAAGUCUUCAUCACGCCCAUCACCGGCAAAGACGAUACGGGUAAAUGGUUACAGAGUGUUCCAGAAGGUGUUCGUCGUAAAACAUUAAUAAGCUUGAAAAAGAAAUAUCGAGCCGACACACUCGAUCCAGUUUUUGGCGAAUUUGUUGAGAUGGAGGUGAAUAUACCAGUCGAGAAGGAUUUAGUUAUCACAGUGAUGGACUAUAGGAAAGUAAUCAGUGACGACAAAAUUGGCUCAACUAAGAUCGACCUCGAAAACCGACUUCUCACGAAAUGGCGAGCAACAGUCGGUCUUAGCGCACAGUACACGAUUCAGGGCGAAAUGCAAUGGAGAGAUCAACAAACGCCGUUAGCCACGCUCAGAGGGUACUGCAAGAAGUUUUUGGUAGAGCCACCAGUGGUCAUUGAGAAGCAGAACGAUAUCGGGCUAAAAAUCCUUGGCAUCGACUUUUGGUAUUCACAAGUUCAGCAAGAGAUGGACGAGUGA